AUGGCUUUCUACGACGAGAAUGGGGGUGACUCCCAGCACUUUGGACGGGGUGGAAAGUCUUUUGAAGGAGGAAUUGCAGGUCCGCGACGACCAAGACUCGUCACCGAUUAUGGUUCGUCGCUUGUACAAUGGAUGCGCACGCGGCAGCCACGCUACAAGAGAGGAAAUCGGAUAGAACUUGAGAGGCCUAGCCCUAGCUAUGUUGUAGAUAUGCUCCCUCCCUUGGCACGAAUCCAUUCCCCCGCCGAUACCCUCCCAGUGCGCCAUUUACACCAGUCGAUCGGAAAGUCAAAAAAGCCAAUUACAGUUGUGAGAUGGACGCCAGAAGGAAGACGUUUAUUGACUGGAGGACACACUGGAGAAUUUAUGUUGUGGAAUGGAACGGCUUUCAACUUUGAAACUGUUAUGGACGCACAUUAUGAUCAACUGCAAGCAGGUGUAACAUCUCUGUCAUGGUCUCACAGCCAUGACUGGUUGAUUUCCGGAGGACAAAAGGGUGAUAUAAAAUACUGGCGGCCGAACUUCAACAACGUCGAAACAAUCGAUGACGCGCACCACGACGCUGUUCGCGACCUAGCCUGGUCUCCAACUGACGCUAAAUUCCUCUCUGCAUCCGAUGAUACGACACUCAAGAUAUUCGAUUUCACCGCCAGGACCACGGACACCACGCUUACUGGUCACAACUGGGAUGUUAAAUCAUGCGACUGGCAUCCCACCAAGGGGCUUUUGGUCUCCGGCUCCAAAGACCAUCAGGUCAAGUUCUGGGACCCUCGGACCGCACAUUGCUUGACCACACUUCACAGUCACAAGAAUACCGUCACCGCAACUCGGUUUUCGCGGGUGAACCACAACCUUCUUGCCACCUCGUCGCGGGAUUCAACCGCGAGAAUCUUCGAUCUGCGUAUGAUGCGGGAUAUUUGCAUUCUGCGGGGACAUGAAAAGCCCAUUUCAUCACUUACUUGGCAUCCUAUUCACAGCACACUUGUCUCAACAGGAAGCGAAGAUGGGUCGCUAUACCACUAUCUACUUGACGAGCCUAAUCUGCCCAAUGGGCAGAUUCCUACGAUUGCACCGUAUGACAGCCCAGAUCCAGCCAACACACCGGCGCAAGUGAUUCACCCUGCCCACAAGAUUCAAUACGCGCACGGUGCGACAAUCUGGUCACUAGACUGGCACCCUCUCGGUCAUAUUCUUGCAUCUGGCUCAAAGGAUAAUUUCACACGUUUUUGGUCCCGGCCCAGACCCGGGGAGACUAGCUACUUGAAAGACAGGUUUCAUAUCGGAGAAGAGGCUGCGGAGGCUCAAGGAACAUGGAAUCGAGGCUUUGGAAAGCGGCAGAUGCGCGAAGAAGAGGAACAAGAGAUACAGGAUGAGGCCGAUAGUCUCGCCGAUCAGAAGCCCACAGGGCCUUCCCUUCCUGGAAUACAGAUUGCUCCUCCUGGCGGUGUCGCUCACCCAGAUGCGCCUCAAGGAAUGUUACCGGGAAUCGGGGCUUCCCAACCUCCACCGCCACCUGGAAUGCCUGGGUCAAUGCCUCAAAUGGACCCCGGCCGUUUGGCUGCACUCUUGUCGAAUCAACAACCACCCCAAGCGAACAAUUUCCCACCAAACACCGGUAUGCCCGGCUUUCCUAUGCCCCCUGCUAUGACAGGAACCCCGCCAAUGAAUGUCGACCUUGCCGAGCUACAAAAACAGCUUCUUUCACAGGGAGUUUCUUUGCCCCAAAACUUUCCCCCACAAAACUUCCCUUCAAAUCCCGGGUUUCCUUCUUUCCCCUCUGGGGGGCUUCCUGGACUCCAAGGUGGAGGCACACCUGAUGGUGGAUAUGGUCGAUAA